AAAGGGAGUUUUCCCUCUCCACUGUCGCUACAUGCAUGCUCAUUAUGAGGGAUUGCUGCAAAGUCAAUGCAAGCGACUGUCCACUGUCACUACUUGCUCAUCUAAUAGGAGUGAAUGCUGCAACUCACUGAUUCGAUGGAAUCUGAUUGAUAUCCUAAGAUAGAAAAAACUUUUAACCAAUUUGAAUAUAAACUGAAUAUGACUGCACUGUUUGAUACAUAGGAUUAAUUGGAAUGUAUGUACCCGACUUGAAAUCUGUAUGAUUUGAUUGAAUUGACUUUGUAAAGUGCCUUGAGUCGACGUGUUGUUAAUUGGCAAUAUAUAUAUAAAACUGCAUUGAAUUGAAUUGAAAAAUUUUAUUAAAUAACAGAUUCUCCAGAUCAGUUGAGUCAGAAAUUGUUCAGACUUUAGAACCAACGUAUGUGCCUAGUAUUCUUCCACCUCUUUUGUUUUAAUAGUUACUUUUUUACUAUCUGUGUUUUUUGUUUUGAGAUUAGAUCAGCAGAAUUGCGAUUUGUAAUUGACAACGGGAAUGUAGGACCAGAUAGCCAGGACAGAGUAGUAGUAAUCAAAACAGUUAAGUUCUUUUUUUAUGUGUGUCUUGUCUUACAGAUUUGGGAUUUGGCUGAUCCGGAGGGAAAAGGGUAUUUGGACAGACAGGGGUUUUAUUUUGCUCUUCAUCUGGUGGCAUGUGCACAGAAUGGCCACGAAGUCAGUGUUUCUAGCAUCAAUCUGACAGUCGCCCCACCGAAGUUUAAGGAAAUUAGCAGUCCCUCUUUGAGCAGCACAACCUCUUUGUCUUGUGAAUCGCUUUGGGCUGUCAGGCCUGAGGAGAAGAAUAUAUUUGAUGGGAUUUUCGAAAGUCUGGCUCCUGCCAAUGGCCUGCUGUCAGGAGAGAAGGUCAGACCAGUCCUCAUCAACUCCAAGCUGCCCCUGGAUGUCCUUGGGAAGGUUUGGGACUUAAGUGACAUCGAUAAAGAUGGCCAUUUGGACAAGGACGAGUUUGCAGUGGCUAUGCACCUUGUGUAUCGGGCCUUAGAGAAGGAGCCGAUUCCCGCACUACUUCCCUCUGCCCUCAUCCCUCCAUCAAAGAGGAAGAAGAGUCUCUUCACAGUGACAGGUCACGUUACUGGUCUACCAGCCAGCCCCCCACCACUGAAAGACUCACUACAUUCCACACCCUCCCAUGGCAGCAUGACAUCACUCAACAGCACCGGCAGCCUGUCACCCAAACACACUCUCAAGUCAGGACAGCAUUCACUGAACUGGGUGGUGCCAUUGUCAGAAUGUGGUCGCUAUGAUGACAUCUUCCUGAAGACUGAUGCUGAUCUCGAUGGCUUUGUCAGUGGGAAUGAAGUAAAGGAUAUCUUCAUUCAAUCUGGACUUUCUCAGAACAUCCUUGCACAUAUUUGGUCAUUGGCAGAUACAAGGCAGAUAGGCAAACUGAACAGGGAGCAGUUUGCCCUUGCCAUGCACCUCAUCCAUCUUAAAGUAAGCAAGGGCAUUGACCCCCCCCAAGCCCUCACUUGUGACAUGAUACCUCCAUCAGAGAGGGGUACUCCCAUACCUACGAUGUCCGGAUACAUGACUCCAGUAGGAUCAGAGAUAGCUGCUCUGUCAGAAAUGAGAAGGGACAGCUCUAGUUCAUUGGGUUCAGGGGAGUUCACUGGCAUCAAGGAGUUGGAUGACAUGAAUCAGGAAAUAGCCCAGUUGCAGAGGGAGAAGUACACUCUGGAGCAGGACAUUAGGGAUAUGGAAGAAGCUAUCAGACAAAAGAGUGGUGAGGUUCAGGAGAUGCAGAACGACAUGGACAGAGAGACAACCAGUCUGCAGGAACUGGAGGCACAUAAACAAGAUGCUCAAGACCGUUUGGAGGAGAUGGAGCAGCAGAAGCAUAAAUUGGAGGACAUGUUGAACGAAGUACACCUGAAGUGCCAGGAAGAAUCUCAGUUGAUCUCAACCCUUCAAAGUCAGAUCAAAUCUCAGGAGUCACAUUUGCAGAGCCAGGAGGAAGAGCUUAGCCAAGCAAAGGCUGACUUGGACCGACUGCACCAGGAGGAAAGACAGCUGGAACAGAGCUUGGCCGCUGGCAAGACCCAACUGGAAACUAUUAUCAGUUCGCUCAAGUCGACUCAGGAGGAGAUCACUCAGGCUCGCAGCAAGUUGUCACAGAUUCAAGACAGUCAGCAGGAAGUGUCUAAAGGUAUUGAGCAGUAUAACAGUACAUUUAAUGGAACCGACGGAGGCAGUAUGACAAACCUGGCCGACAUGAGCGAAGGCUUCAAUGACAGAGAGCGUGGAGCCUUCUCAGCUGCAGGGAAGGGAAAGCAGGAAGAUCUGUUCAAAGUUAAGUCAUCAGUGUUCAACGAUCAGCCUCAAGACCUUCAGACGGACACUUUCCACUCUGAAGACCCAUUUAAAACAGACCCAUUUAAAGGUGACCCAUUUGAAAAUGACCCGUUUGGAAAGCCACGGUCUUCAUCUACAGGGAUUGGCGACCUGUCUAGGGUGUACCCCACCUUUCGCCCGAUGACAGCUGAAGAUCCCUUUGAGGGUGAUCCAUUUAAAGAAGCAGAUCCAUUCAAGGUUUCGUCAGGAGAUUUUUUUAAAAAGACAACAAAGAUGGAUCCUUUUUCCACAACAGAUUCCUUCUGUAAAAGUGCCAGUUUACCAUCCAAGCAAACCAGUCUGUUUACAGGGGUUGAUCCAUUUUCGUCAAACCACCAAAAAUCUAGAGGACCAGAUUUGUUUGUCACACUGGACCCAUUUGAGAGUGGUCCGUUCAGCAGUUCUGCAAACAGCUCCACUGGCUUUGCAGACUUCAGCCACAUGUCAAAAGCAAGAGACCCCUUUGAAGCAAGAGCCAACUGGCUACCAGAUUACCAGAAGCCAGUGUUAGCAGAUGACCCAUUCACCAGGAAAACAGACAUGCCAGCUCUGCCCCCCAAAAGAAGUGGACACCCAAGGCCCAAACCACCCAGUGGUAAAACAACACCAGUGAGCUUGACUGCCACAGCAGAUCCUUCCAAACCAUUUGACCCUUUCCAGCCAUUAAGUGCUGAUGUCAUGGACCCUUUCCAGAAUAAACAAGGCCAAGGAGACCCAUUUAGUGGAAAAGACCCCUUCAACCCAUCCUCAGCAUCAAGUAAAGCUCCUAAAGACCCUACCUCCGGUUUUACAGAUGUCAGUUCCGACCUGAUAAAGUCAAGCUUGGGAAUGAAGCUCAGCAGCUUGAAUGGGCCAAGCGAGAGAGUGAGCGGGCAGAACGAGAGCGACUGAAAAGGCUCCGACAGCAGGAACAGGAGGACCUGGAGCUGGCCAUUGCACUUAGCAAGGCAGAGAUGUCAAAUGCAUGACAUCUAAAUCUAACAUGCACGUAACUGAGACUGACAUUCUAUUCUGAACACAUCAGCACACACACAACUUUGCACCUCCAUAUAAAACUAAUAAUUGCAAAAUUCCUCUGGAUACAAAAAAGAGAUUUAGGAUGCAAUAAAGAACAUGUGGAAAAGGAACUUUAAAGAACAUAUACUGUGUAUUACCACUUUAGUUUUGGAUAUUGGGAUGGAUCCAUUAAUUGAGUAAAGCAGACAAAACAACUUCGCGGGAUUUGAGUCUAUAGCAACCUCUCUCCCUUGUCUCUCCUGGUUUCACAAUGUGAAAAAACAGCAUGCCAAUAAACCUUGCAAUGAACAGCAAAAUAGCUAAUAAAGAUGUUUUCCUGUCAUAGUGAGAAGCUGAGGCAAAUAUUGUUUUUGCAAUUCCAGCAUUUAGGCAAACAAUGCUGUGUUUUUUUGUUUAGAUUUUUGUGAUAUAUGUUCUUGAGCUGUGUUAUGGUUCGUUGUGAGUGUUUUCACUUCUAAGCUUUUAAUUAAUUUGGUCUUUAGGAUUUGUGCAUAAUGCCCUGAAAUAAGACUGCAGAAGGAAAUUCUCAGAUUUAAAAAGACUGAUGUGACUAAACCCAGCCCAAAGUACGUAAAGCUUUAAAAUCCAUGAAAUCCAUUAGAAACUCAAACAAGACUGAAUUACUAAGCAGUUUACUUUGUUAAGAAUGUCAUCAGUCUCAUACUGAAACUUAACAGAAGAUGAAAAAGGAAAGACCAUAAAGGCACUAGCUGCAUUGUCAAUUUUUGAUUAAACCUCUCUUUGAUUUGGCAAAAGCA